GUGAUUCGUUCUAUUUCUACGCCGGAAGUCGAUGAAACUUUGAACGAAAUUAUAACGAGAAUCAUAAUAAUAAUAUCCCUUUCAUUUAUCUACAUUAUACAGAUGUAAAAAUUAUAUUCGUGAUAAUAAUUAUUGUGAAGAAGCCAUAACAAAAAUGAAUGAUUUAUUAACGAAAAGUGUUAACGAUCUUCAAAAAAUUGUGAAGGAGGAAAAGCUCGUUCUAUCUAAGAAAACUUUAAGAAAGCCUAUAGAAGAACAAUAUUAUAAACAUUUAGAAUCUAUUCAGGGAAGGCAAGAUUUUCCAAAAAAUGACAUCAAGCAAGUAUUAAAUGGCAGGAAGAAAAUGAUUGAUAGAAAAAAUAAAGUUAAGGGAUUAAUAAAUGAUAUGUUGCGUUUAACCAAUGAUAUUUCUACUGUAGAAGGUGAUAAAGAAAAUAUUAAAAAGCCUGUCAAUCGUAAAACUAAUGUUUCAGAUAAUAUGAAAACAAGACAAUCAAACAAUAGAUUGGAAAUGAAAAUGAAACGUGGUGAAAAGAAUAAAUCUAGUACGAUUAAGAAUGUAGAUCAAAUGGCAAGUGAAAUGAAUUUUAUUUCUAAAAAAUUUCAAACUGCUUCUUCAUCUUCUAGUUCUUCCUUUUCGAAUGUUAGAAAAAAUAAACUGAUUAGCUUUAAGAAAGAUAAAACAUUGAGAGAGAAUCAAAAUCGUUCAGAAAGGCCGAUCGUUUGUUAUCAACAAUUAAAAAGUUUAGAAAAGACGAAAGAAUCGGCACGUACGAUUUCAAAUAUUUCUUUCAAUAAUAACAAAGAAAAGGUUAAGAAUAAUGCUUGGGCACGUUUGGAAACUGUUCAAGCAAUUAAAGAUAAGAAAAGUAAUGAAGUGUGCGAAAAAAAAACAAGAAUGUCAUCGUCGAUCUACGUUAUCGACAAGCAUCAUGAUCGAUCGAAGAAAUCUAAUGAUAUCCGUUUAAAGCGGCAAAUCAACGUUCAACCAGUUUGGAAACCAGGCGGCACCGUUAAAUCUUUUGCUUCUAAUCCAACGUUUCGAAAUAAUGAACCGAUUAAUCGUCGUACGUGGCAGCAACGUUUUGAAAAAGACAAUCAAGAAAUAAAAAAAUCAAUCGUUAAUCCAUCAGAGCCAACAGUCUCGAAUAGGAAUAAUCUCUUUAAGGAGCAUCGAAGGAAUGAUAAUUUUGGCGAAAAAUGUGUAACUGAUUUGUGCGAAUUACUCGCAGAAAUAAGAAUAACGCAGAAGGAAUUAAAAGGCAAUAGUAAUUUAUUAUCCGAAACGCAUUCCUCUCCGUAUAAUCAAUCACAAAUACCAUUAUCGAAUACAUCCUUGACAAAGGUCCGAGUUAAUAGUGACGAAUUAUAUUCGAAGAAAGAAAAAUCUGAAUCUAAAUCACGUCCAGAUAUACCUAGAUUAAAUCCAUUGAAAGUUGCAUUUAAAGAUAAACAUGAUGAUAAGUUAUCAGUUACGCGUAAUUCUUCUAAUAAAAAUAUUUCUAAGGAAAUUUUCACGAAAGAUUAUGAGAAAAGGGAGGAAAAUGAGAAAAUUUCAUGUUCUAAUGAAAAAAAUGAUAAUAGAAAUUUGUCAUCGAUGAUUUUAUUAGAAGUUCCUGAUAAAUUCCCUAUAAUUCCAUCCACUGAAUAUAAAAAUCAUGAAAUUGACGAAGAAACAAUGAAUGAAAAUAUUAAAGAAAAAUCAUUUAACGAAAAAUUACAUUCAUCUAAUGAAAAAAUUAUUAAAACAGAUGAUACUUUAGAAAAGUCUAUAUUAAAAAGUAAUGUCAAUUUGGAUCAUGAUACAUUAUCAAUCGAGAAUCAACCAAGUUUAAUAUCUUUUAGAAAUAUAAACUGUAAUCCUGAAUUAAAUUCAAUAUCUACUUUAAUAACGAUGGUAACAUCAUCAAAAUGUUGUCAAUUAUCGUGUCCGUCUUCGUUAUCGUCAAAAACCAAUUUUAUUUUCGAACAGUCUAUCGGGAAAAAGAAAACGAACGAAAUCGACAAGGAUUCUUUAGAAAAUUCGACCGACGAUAAUGACGAGGAAAAUGAAUUUAAAUUGAAUGAAUUAAAAGAUCGAAUUAAAAAAGAUUCUGAUCUAAUUGAAGAUAAGAAGAAACAACAAACGUCAUUGAAUUUAUUAUCGGAUAUUUUAUGUUCUUCAAAAUCUUAUGCUUUGACAAAUAAAUUUGAAGAAGAUCAAAGUAAAUUAGAAUAUUCAAAUAUUAGAAAUGACAUUUCGAGGGAUUCUUUGAACAAUGUUUUUAUUGAUUCGAAAUCAGACGAUGAUGAUACUGAUCAAGGGAUAAAAUCAAUAGAAAAUGUUCGAUCCAAAGAUAAUGACGAAACGAUCGUAUGCAUGAUCGACGAAAAGAAAUGUAAAAGUUCACAAACUAUAACGGAUACGAAAUCAUUUUGCGAUGCUUAUACUAACGCCGAGGAUACAAAAUUUAAUUGUAUUAAAUAUGUCGAUAAAAUAGUUCCUUCUCCCAAUGAUAUUGAUUUGAAAAUAUCAUUGAAGGAUGUUGCUACGGAAAUUCUUUCGCAAGAUCAAUCGACAUUAUUAUUAACAGAAAUGAACGAAUGUUCGUCGACGGAAAAAAAUUGUGCUACUGAUUUAAUUAUAAAUUCUUCGAACGAUUGCAACGAAAUUAAGACCAUUAUUAACGUUGAAUCAAAAUCGGUAUACACGUGCGAGGAAAAAGAUUUGGAUCAUAAUGAUCGAUGGGUCAUGGAAACCGUAGAUUUAUAUUGUGAACAACCUAAUGACAAUCUACCAAUAUCAAUAGAAAAAUGUAAAGUAGAAAAUAAUGAUUCUAAUGAUCUUAAUGAUCGAUGGGUCGCAGAAACCGUAGAUUUAUAUUGUGAACAACCUAAUUACGAAAAUGACUUUAAAGAGGAUAAAAAUGAAUUAAAUAAAUCAUCUGAAUCGAAAAUAAAUAAUAAUGUCGCUAUUAAAAGAUCUAUGUUAUCGGUAUCAUUGAUUGAUCAAUUGAAAGGUAUCAAAGAGCAAUUGGAAAACGUUGAUAUAAAAUUGAAUAAAUUACAGGAAACUACAAACGAUGCCAAUGAUGCAUUUUCUCGUAUUAACAUAACUAAUAUACCAUUUGAUUCUAAUACCAAGGAAAUAAUAUCUGUUUCAUCGAAUGAUUUAUCAGAAUCGUCCAAUAUAAAAAAUGUUAUGAUCGAUGAUCAAUCAUCUUCUUCGACGAUAGAAUCGUCUUUAUCUUCUAAUUCUUUCAAACGAUCGUCGAAUAUUUCGCAAGAACGUCCUUUCGAACGUUUUAAUAUAAAUUUCAAUGAUAUCAAUGAUGUAACGGAUGUUUUCCAAAUGACAUCUUGUCAUUCGAAAAAUUUAUGCGACGCCAUUAGAAUCUAUAAAGAUAAAACGAUCGUUAAUAAUCAAUCGGACGAAUGUAAAAAAAGUUCAUCGAAAAAGUCAUUCGAGGAAUCUGUAAGAUAUUUUGAAAAAGAUCCUAAAGAAUUUGACGAACAAUUAACUUGUGAAUAUUUUAAUAAAAAUUGUUCUCGUUUUUACGACAAUAAUAAUUUUAAUGACGAUGACAAGGAAAUGAUUAGUAUUAAAAGUAAAUCAUCUUCUGUCGAACAUAUUUUUUAUGAAUUAAGAACAACUGAUUAUUCAUCAUCCGCCGAUAAAUCUGAUAAUGCUGAAAGUUUCGUAUGUCUUUCGAUUAAAAAUUCUAACGAUAUGCAAAAGAGAGAAACGAAAAGAAUAUCAAACUCCAUUGGGAAAGUAUCGUCAAGUGUUUUGAGUAUAAAAGAUCAACGUUUAGAGAUAAUAAAGUAUUUAGAUAAAGAAAUUAAUUUUACAUAUUGUAACGAACAAACAGAAUCGAAUGAUUUUCAUGAUUUAAUUAUUUCUAGAGAAGGCUUGCUUCUUCUUAUCUAUUUUACUGUAUGUUCCAUUGUAUUUUUUUGUUUCAACUUUUCUAUCACUUGUGAAUCAUGGUUUAUUACCUAAACGUUUAUUUAGUUAAUAAAUAAUUUAAUUUUAUUUUUGUUCUUACAGAGGGCUCGUUAUAUUUUGUUUUGUUAGAUU